CAUUGCCACUCCGUCCGCCUCCGGUUGGCCUCGCCACUCGCUGGCUUAUAUAAACAAACAGGGUGCUGCUCUGCUCCUCGCCGAACCCACCACAGCAGCAGCCAGCAGGCGAAGAACCUCCUCCCCGUCGCUGCAACUGAUCAAACAACAAGAUACCCACCGAUCAUGGCCCCAGCCACGACGUCCUGUGCCGUCCUCCGCUUCGCCGCCGACGAGGCGGCCCCGCCGGAGACACUCCACGUCGUGCAACUGCAAAGACUCCGCCUCCGCCAAGCGGCAGAGCGCUGCCUCGACCCCAUCGCCGAGGAGGACGACUACCCUGGCACCAGCAGCACAAGCGGUGGCGAAGACGACGACGACGUCCCCGCCGGCUCGCCCAGCGCCCACGGCAGCAGCAGCGCCACCAUCGACGACCUUGCCCAUUGUCGACUUCGAUAGGCCGGAUCUAUUAGACAGUGUUUGGUACUACUAGUAGAGUCAAUCUCCUCUGAGCUGUGGUGUGUGUACUACGGUGCAGUUCAUGUCGUGCGUGCUGUAAUUAGUCCAUGUCCAUCCAUGAAUUGAUGAUGCGAUUGUGAACAAUCGCAAACACUGCCUCAACAACCGUGCAAAUUUGCUGACUGCCGUACGAGCGGAGACUGCAAAUCUCAUUCUUGCCCUAUGCUCUGCUCUGUUCUGAAUCUGAAGAAAACUUUGCUCGCUGUGUGGGAGGCGCUCUCAACAGGAGAAGACGUAUUACAAUCCAUCCGUCCUCACCAUUCAUUUGGCGCGAACAUGUCCAUCCCGUCUUCCAUGCCCCGCACAGGCCGAGACUAGGGUCUGUGAAAUCAAAUGUACUACUACUACUGGUAGGAAGCCAUGGUGUGGCUGCAGUACACGGCGACACGGCCGGCCUCUUCCUCACCGGGGCUGUCCUCAUCGCCGUCGCCGCCCGCCUCUCCUACGCCAACAUCGAGCCCUCGUACGCCAAGGCCGCCCGGCGCCGCGAGGUCUUGGAGGCCUUCAUCGCCCGCAAGCGCGCAGCCACGGCCGCAGCCGGAGGAGCAGACUCCCACCCCAGCCCGGAUCCCGCCAAGCCCUAGCCAAGGAGCCAAGCCAAAGGAUCACGCGCUUCAAAUCGAU